CUAACAGCGCGCAUGCGCGGGUAUCGCGAGAGCAGGAGAGGGCGGAAGCACAGUUAGUGCAGGAUGCGGUUCCUGGUUGCGUUGAUCCUGCUGAGCGUCGUGGUGGCGGUAGCCCUACAGCCAGGAAAGUCUAGCGAGUCGCAACCGCGGGCCACGGGAGACGGCUCCGGCAAGGACAAUGCCCAGCCCCAGACCACGGGAGACGGCUCCAGCAGGGAGAAUGCCCAGCUCCAGACCAUGGGAGACGGCUCCAGCAAGGAGAAUGCCCAGCCCCAGACCAUGGGAGACGGCUCCGGCAAGGAGAAUGCCCAGCCCCAGACCCCGGGAGACGGCUCCGGUAAGGUGAAUGCCCAGUCCCAGUCCGCGGGAGACGGCUCCGGCAAGGAGAAUGCCNAGCCCCAGACCCCGGGAGACGGCUCUGGCAAGGAGAAUGCCCAGCCCCAGACCCCGGGAGACGGCUCCAGCAAGGAGAAUGCCCAGCCCCAGACCCCGGGAGACGGCUCCGGCAAGGAGAAUGCCCAGCCCCAGACCCCGGGAGACGGCUCCGGCAAGGAGAAUGCCAAGCCCCAGACCCCGGGAGACGGCUCCGGCAAGGAGAAUGCCCAGCCCCAGACCCCGGGAGACGGCUCUAACACAGUAAAGUCCCAGCCACAGCCCACAGAAGAUAGCUCUAACAAGGUGAAGUCCCAGGUGCAGUCCACAAAAGAUGGCUCUAUCAAGGUGGAGUCUCAGCCACAGUCCGUGGGAAACAGCCUCGAUAAGGUAAAGACCCAGCCCCAGCCCACGGGGGACGACACUAGCAAGGAGAAGCUGCAGCAGCAGUCCUUGAACUCCAACAAGCUGGUCUCCAACCCCUCCUCUGAUAACAAGGAGCCCUCCAAUUCUGACUUAAACAUACCAGCUGACAAAGAUGCCUCUCUGCAUGCUUCUAGAAGUGAAUCUGGGGAGAAAAUAUUACUGGACUCUGACCCCACCUCUCUGCAGCAGGAGAGAAAAGAUAAGUCUUCAGAGCUUACAGAAGACAUGGGGCCCAAGAAGGCUGAGGAAGGUGAUGCAGAGCCUGAAGAAGGUUCACCGCCCCAAGAAGAGAAAGAGAUGCCCGGCCUUGCCUCCAGUGAGAACCGUGAAGGGACACUUCUGGAGUCCAUGGGUAGGGAGAAAGAUGACCUUUAUAAGGACAGUCUCGGAAGUGCCAGCGCAGAGAGCAGCCACUUCUUUGCAUAUCUGGUGACUGCAGCCAUACUUGUUGCUGUCCUCUACAUUGCCUAUCACAACAAGCGGAAGAUUAUUGCUUUUGUGCUAGAAGGAAAAAGGUCUAAAGUCACUCAACGGCCAAAGGCCAGCGAUUACCAGCGUUUGGACCAGAAGAUUUGAUUUCUGUGUUCUUGAGAACUUUGUCCUCCCUGCUGAUUUGUUUUUAAAUCAAGAGAAAUGAAGAAAAAUAGUACUGUGACCUAAAAGACACCCCCCCCCCAGGGUUUGGUGGCAAAUCUGGGUUGGCAGAGGCGGGGGUAUUGCUUUGAUUUUUGCACCUGCACUUUGGUGACCGUGUACUCCUGUGUCCCCAUCACCUAUGCUGGUGUCUUCCAUCCUUUCCUCCUCUGAGUGUGAGUAGAGGGAGCAUGUGGGAAGCCGGCUGUGACCAAAGGGAGAUCCCAGCCCCCAGGCAGGCGGCCGCUGCUGACUGCCGUCCCUUGGGCCUUGACCCUUUCAUGGUUACCCCUUGCAAAUAGCAUUGCACCACCACUAUUUAUCUCUGCGGACCCCAAGAGAGAACUAGGUUGAAAACUGAACCUAGGAGAAAAUUCAACUGCAGGUUGAGGUGCUUUUAUACCAAGGCCUCAUCUGGGGGAGGGGGUGGGGGGAAUGUGCCCUACAAAAGAUGUAGAAGAUGAAUGCUGACAGGCAAAGGGCUACUUCGAAUACCUAAUUCUCUGCAAACGCUUCAGCAACAAACCAAAACAGCUUUUGAAAAGUGCUUCAUUGCCUGCAAGUCCAAACUGUCUAGUAUAAGUUCUUCACACUUUCCUUAUAUUACUUAAGACAAAGUGAGUCAACUUUCAUUUGGUUGUACUGAGCAUAAACCUGAACUUGGGGAUUCGGGGAGUAAAGCUGUAAAGCCACAGUUCCCAUCACAGAUUUUUAAAAAUAUAGUUAUGAUUAUUGAAAUACUGUGUUCGUCUAUACUCUUGAUCGUAACAGGAACUUUUUAAAAUAGGGUAAGCUCAUACCUUGCAUGAGAAAAUGUGCAAGAGGGUUUUGGUUUUGAUCUGCAUUAUUUUCCUAGGGCUUUUAUAAAGGUUUCCCAUAAACUCUGGCCUUUGUUGCCUAAAAUAGACAAAUUAGACUUGUAGUCAGAAACUAACUGUACUAUCUCUUUUACCUUAAUCUAGUUACUAUUUCACUGUCUGAUAUAGGAUGCCAAGGGUAACUGGUCAAGACUCUCCUUCCAGCCCAUGUCAGGGGUUAUUAAAAUUUAAGAAAUUCAGAGAGUUCCCCUGGGGUAACUGAGGGUAGUGUUUUGGAUAAUGCUGUGGUUUGAAGUUUUACUUAAAUCCGUUCUAGUUGUGCUACCUACUAUAGAGAGCUUAAAGAGAGUUGUGCAGAGAAAAAUGGAUUUGGAAUAGCUGAUCUCAGGGAAACACAAAGAAUGUGGGAAGUGAGGGCUGGGAUGAGUUCUGUGCUGUUGAGGAUGUCAGUCUGCAGAAGGGACCGUCCCGUUGGCACAUUACCUCGCACCUUGCUUAAAACAGCAUGGCUUUGAGUUGGGACUUAGGGAGACAAGGAAUGAGUGAACACUCUUGUCGUCAUGCUCUCUUCCCGUGCAUCAGUCUUGCAGUACUUUCCUCUGAGGGAUCUUCCGUCAGGCUCUCCCAGAAUUCUGGAAAACCACGGUUCCCUUUUGCCUGCCUUUCCUCCUCCUCUAAUGUUUUCUGUUUCUCCAUCUACACUAACUCCUGCCUUCAUACGUGCCCAGAUUUCCCGUUCCUGUCCGUCCUGUUUGUGACUCCUUCCCUUUGUAACCUUUAUGCACUCGCUCUGGUCCUGGUCUUCCUACCGGCAGUUUUCCCAGAGGUUCAGAUCGCCAAAAGUAAUGGCUUGUUCUCAAAGCCUAGUCUUGUCCUGAAUAGAACUGGACAUUAUUGACCAUCCAAAUCGAAAUCCCCCUCUUCUGGUUUCUGUGACUGACUGUCCUGGCUCCUAAGAACUUUGCUUUACCCUGUACUGGCAGGGGAACAGAGCCCGCGAAGGCUGGUUUCACUCUUCCUUCAUCUUUCCAGAAACUCAUCCAUCCUUCAUUCUCUCCGUGAGUGAGUCCCACAUGUUUAUCCUCGGCCUAGUUCCCGAAGACCCAAAUCCUGUUGUGUGCUGUUUCAGUUUGCUCUGUUGGCACUAGAAACUGAAGUUCUCUCUUCUCCCCAUUAAGCUGCCCAUCUCAGCUGCCCAUUUUAAUUGUCUCAGCUCCAAACUAUAGUCUUUUUUUUACCAUUUUUUUGUUACAACAGACCUAUCCAUUGAAAAAAAACAUUUCCAGUAUAAUCUUUCUUUCCAUUUCCCUUGCUUUCCUGUCAUCACACACCAUCACCAUUUCACUUCUCUCCUGAAAUCCCAACCCCUCCAAGAGCCAUCCUAACUGGUUCUCCUGCCCAUCUUCUCUCAUGUGCAGAUUGAUCUUUCCAAAAUCCUUGCCCUGAUCUAAAGUUUCUGUCUACCUCUUGUGGCUUAGAGAAUCUAGCUUUUAUAGACUAUAGUGUCCGUGACUCUGUAGCUUGGCACUUGCUUGCCGGUCUUUCUCUGCAUCCUCUCUAGGCCAAAGGCUCCUCUUGUCAGGCCCAUCUUGGCCUCUUUGCUUUUUUGUUGUUGCUGUGCCCACCAUUCCCUGGCUGCCCUGGUGCUUCUUCUGUUAGGGCACACUCCCUUCCCUUCUCUCACUUGCCUCCUGCUCAGGUUUUCCCACGCACCUUCUUAACGCCCCCACCACACGUGAUUAUCGGCUCUUUCCAUUCUACUCUAAUGCCAAUCACAAAUGUUGUUACUCCAGCAAAAAAGAGCAGACGUUAUCUGAUGUCUGUGUCUGGUCUCUCCUCCCCAAAACGAAGCUACUUGCAGGAGUGCCCUUAGCACCAUCUGCAAGGCUGCCUAGUGUUGUGACGUCUCCUAGGUACUUCAGGAGUUCAGUGUCUUCUUGCAGAGACGUUUUCCUUGUUCAGUAUAUCGGAAUGCGACUUACCUGAGGUCUCACACAGCUCUUCCUAGCUACUCCCUGCUAUCCCUUUACUGAUGGAUUUUGUUUCUAAAGAGGGGAGCAGAAAGAAAGAUCGGUUUGAGGAACCAAGAGGGUUGGCACCAAGGGGAUGUGUAAGGAUUCUGUGGAGUCCGCAUAGUUCCAUUUCUUGAGCAUCCGAAAAGUAUCAUUCCUUGUGCUAAAAGAGUGCAAUAGAAUUUCAGCUUCGCUAUAGAAAUUACACUGAAAAAAAUCUCUCCCACCAGUGGAAAACUUUUUCCCAGUAGUUGUCCUUCUGAAGAUACACUGUUGACAGCAUGUGUUUCUAGACGUGAUGUGGAUGAGGGUGAGCUGGGUUGAGGGCAUCUCUCAAGCCAGGGCUGGGGCGGGGGUGGGGGGCAGGGAAGAGGUGGGCAGUGACACCCCUGGGGCCAUGAGACGCACCACUGUCAAGACAGCUGUGUAUUUCCUUUCCUCCCCCAGCUUUUGGUUGAAAGUUGAUUUCUAAUAGGAGGAAUCUGCUUCAGUCAUGGAUGUCAGUCGAGGGGUUUGUUUUCCUGCUACAGAUCACUGAGUAGACUUAUUUAAAGAAUCCACUUCUGGACUCGGGGAGCUGAGGCCAGUCUAUUCUAGAAAGGCUACAACAACUUGGAAAGACCUGACAGCUGGCUGUAUGGAUGCUGAGGUUUCUUUUCCCAUGAUGGCUUUUAAACAGAUGCUUGGUAGUAGAAUUAUAAACCCCUAGAAUUCCCCUGAUGGUGAUUGUCAUUUUUUUCUCUCCUUCAUGUCCUUUAAAUCCAAAAAAGGAAGCCUGCUUCUUGUUUCUACAGGGUAACUUGAUGCAGAAUGCUGUGUUAUGUGUGUGUGAUGAAAGCUAGCACGCUUUGCACAUGUUUGGAAUCGAACACGGGGCAGAGAGAAUCUUGAACACCAGACACCAGGUCCUGGUGUUCUGCCAGCUGUCUUCUGAAAAGUCUUGCUGAGAAGGUUGUCUUUGACAUUAUCUUGCUUCAGGAAGAAUCCUGGGAAAAGAUUUUCAGGUCCCAUUUAUUCAUCCAGAGAAAGACUGACUCUCAACUCACCUAGUUCCACAAGACACCUGUGAUUUUCCUAAAUGUGCCAGUUGAGAAACUCCUCCGGAAUAGUGUUGGGUCUGAGCUGUGUCGUUUCAAGCUGCCAACAAAGCCAGCCUACUCACACUCUUAGAUAUUCCUUUAAUUCAGAAGUUUCUUGUGUCAAAUAAAUGAUUGUUGAAGUUGUCUCCCUUUUUUGUUUACCCAAUUAGUAGAGUGCCACUGUUUUUGCAAUGUUUUAUAUUUUCAGCUUUUUUAACUUAACUAUAUAAUUACUUAAUUUUAUUUUUUUAAAGCUUGUUUGGUCUAAUGAUAAGUAUUUUUCAGUACGUAAUGUUUUCCUGAGCUUCUCUGAAUGCCGUUUCGAUGUAGUUUUGUAUCGUUGCACAGAAACCAAAAUAAAUUUCAAAUAUUAAAGCUAUAAAAUCAUUAAAUUUAUUAAAGUGGCAAUAAAAUGGACAGAAAUAAGGCCUAA